AUGUCUGCGAAUCUGCAAUGGAUCGUCGUGCCAAAAUGCUUCAGUUUCCUGAUCAAGAGGGACAAGCAGACCUACAGCACCGAGCCCCAUAACUUGAAGGCCCGCAACUCCUUCCGCUACAACGGGCUGAUUCACCCCAAGACUGUGGGCGUGGAGAUGGCAACUGACUGCAAAGGUGUGGUGGUGGUUAUGAAGCGGAGAUCCAGCCAGCAGAAGCCUGCCGCCUCCAGCGUGCAGACCACCAACAAUAAGAACGCUUGCGCCACGCUCAGCAGCAUCAGACACAUGAUCUGCAACAACAAGUACUGCCCUGACUUGUGCAUGGCAGCGGUCCACAGGGUCAGCACCAUCUUGCACAGCCAGAAGCCUGUGAUGGUGAAGACGAAGCGGACCCACCCCACCAAGAGCUCCUGA